AUGACUCUCCGCCGACUCAGGAAGCUGCAGCAGAAAGAGGAGGUGACGGCUGCCCCAGACCCCGCCACCCGGACUCCAGACUCUGAAGUCGCUCCCGCCACGCCGGCUUUGGCUGCGACCCCGGCCUCGGGUCCCCCAGCUGCAGCCGCCGCCCCUGGUGCCCCCGGGGAUGAGCUGUACGCGGCGCUGGAGGACUACCACCCCGCCGAGCUGUAUCGCGCGCUCGCCGUCUCUGGGGGCACCCUGCCUCGCCGAAAGGGAUCAGGAUUCCGGUGGAAGAAUCUCAGCCAGAGUCCUGAACAGCAGCGGAAAGUGCUGACAUUGGAGAAGGAGGAUAAGGAGACCUUUGGCUUUGAGAUCCAGACCUAUGGCCUUCACCACCGGGAGGAACAACGCGUGGAGAUGGUGACCUUUGUCUGCCGAGUUCACGAAUCCAGCCCUGCCCAGCUGGCUGGCCUCACACCUGGAGACACCAUUGCCAGUGUCAACGGUCUGAACGUGGAAGGCAUCCGGCAUCGUGAGAUUGUUGAUAUCAUUAAGGCAUCAGGCAAUGUUCUCAGAUUGGAAACUCUGUAUGGGACGUCAAUUCGGAAGGCGGAACUAGAGGCCCGUCUGCAGUACCUGAAGCAAACCCUAUACGAGAAGUGGGGAGAAUAUAGAUCCCUAAUGGUGCAGGAGCAGCGACUGGUGCAUGGCAUCGUAGUGAAGGACCCGAGCAUCUACGACACACUGGAGUCCGUGCGCUCCUGCCUCUACGGGGCGGGCCUGCUCCCGGGCUCGCUGCCCUUCGGGCCGCUGCUCUCUGCGCCCAGGGGUCCCCGCGGGGGCGCGCCGCCUGCCGGGGGCGACGCCGAUGACGCCGUCUAUCACACCUGCUUCUUCGGAGCUGCUGAGCCCCCUGCACUGCCGCCCCCGCCACCCCCCGCCCGUGCCCCCGGCGCCGCAGAGACCCGGGUCCCCGGGCUGUCCCCCGAGCCGCGGGCCCUGCUGAGCCGCAGCGCUAGCGUGCGGUGCGCGGGUCCCGGCGGGGGUGGCGGCGGGGGCGCGCCAGGCGCGCUCUGGACUGAGGCCCGCGAGCAGGCUUUGUGCGGCCCGGGCCUGCGCAAAACCAAGUACCGCAGCUUCCGCCGGCGGCUGCUCAAGUUCAUCCCCGGACUCAAUCGCUCGCUGGAGGAGGAGGAGAGCCAGCUGUAG